AUGGAUGAAUCUUUCGUAAAUGUUGACCCCAUGAUGCAACCCCGGUUUGAAGGUGCGGGUUUAAAUUCCAUUCAAUUCGGUGUGUUGGAACAAUCGACUUUGUUCGUACCGGAUAUUAAAAGCAUUACAGAGUAUGACAUUGGUGAUUCCCUGGUUCGUCUGCCACUGCUGUGUUCCGGCGGACGCCCUGAUGCAUUUGCCAUCGAUUUAACCUCGCUGAUCGAGUUUCAAAAAGGCAAACAAAAACGCAACGGCCGUCAGUCGUUCCGGAACAUUGCAUUUCUGGUCAUCUGGGAACAGUUGACUAAAUCGAUCACCUCAGACAAGGCCCGUCGAUACCUUGCGCGAUUGCAGAUCACAUCGGUACGAAAUAGUCAAUUUAUCCAGAGAACGCAACCGGCGUCCAGUGCGGUAGACGUGGCUGGUGAACAACUCAAUUUGCAAUCCCUGAUUCGCCAAGCCGUUGAAGCGGUUAAUCAGAUUCCGAAAUCCGAGAUUGAUUUCGUCUCGUGCAAACCGUUUGAAAACUAUGAACUGGAAUCCGAGCCCGAUGAAGGGGAUCUGGCAGAAAAUCCGCAGAACGCUGACACAAAGAGCGCAGGAUCAUCGGCCACGUACAGUGUGGUUCAGCGUGACUCCUCACACCCCGCACUGCCCAACUGUUCUGUGGGUGCACACUACAGCUUGAGUGAAUCAGCAGAGCUUUGCACGAAUCAACACCGGGCUUGUCUUCCUUGCGUGGAAUGCUUUGUCAGUCGCAAGUUGGAAUCACUCUGCUGUGGGAUCAGCGAGGACGAAGUGUGCUGGAAAUGUCCAGUGCCCCGGUGCAACGCACCCCUGUUACGGCUUGCCCAACUCCAGGCAGUCCCGCUUCAACAACUCGCAUCCGUGUGGAAAUGUGAUGACUACAUGUGUGUGAUCCGCGAGAAACGGAUUAAACACGGUGGAAAGCAGCCGGUGUUUUAUGCAAAUCCCAAGGCAAAUCCCAGUGUUGCCCUGAGUGUUUGGUCCGGUCCGAUGCGCACAUUUGCCAGUCGCAAGGUGGAGGUGUUUUUUGAGCCCGCUCCAGUUGCGAUACGCUGUUUGCCUCGAUUAUAUUUCAACGAUAAACGUCAUUGUGAGAUUCACUGGCCUGCUUCGUGUGAAGCAGCUCAGAAAUACUAUCGCAUGCGUGACCAGUUCGGUGAUUCCAAUUGCGUUUUCGAUUCAACUCCCGCGGCCUUAGAUAGAAUGCAACCGUACGGGUUACCACUGCCAGGUGGGGCACGCACACGGUCCUAUUGUAAUGCUCUCCGAGUUGCUUGGCGUCGAAAUGUGUUAUGGCGGCGUCACUUUAAGCAGAACAGGGUCUGGACAGAGUUCGAAUAUGGGGACAUUUUGCCUGCCGCGAAAUACUCACAACCUGAUAUAGCUCAAUUACUAUCCGUAAAUUUGGAAAUCAAUAAAUAA